GGCUGGCAUCCAGCCCUGUAAACUUCCCGUUCUAGAAUAUGACUGGAGUGACGUCAUCAUUCCCCUACAGGCGUCACUCAGUGGAGGACUGUGGAAAUAACAGGAAUGUUCCUGAAGCGCCUGGAGCUCACAGUGCGACACCCAGUGGAGGACUGUGGAAAUGACAGGAAUGUUCCUGAAGCGCCUGGAGCUCACAGUGCGCUGCUUUAAAAGCCCGGAGAUUUGAAUGCUGCGACAGAAACACUCAGAGCAAACUCUGCGCACACGGCAACUCACAGCAAACAGGAACAACGCCGACUUCUCAGUGAAGAUGAUGUGCUCCCGCGUAUUCCAGCCUUCUUUUGGCCACCUGAUGGAUUUCCACUGGCCCGUACGCAGUCUCUGGCCACAGAUACAACCUCUCUUCGUCCAGGAGGAGAUGCUGCUGAGACACAUGCAGGAGAUGAGGAACAGUCUGGACCAGCUGGAUAGGCUUCAGCACAGGAUCUUUGAGGAGAUUAACCAGGUCCCAACCUCUCAGACAAUCCAGCCAGUUUCAUACAAGCUGGAGAAGGACGGGGAUCACUUUGCCCUCACACUGGACACUAAGGACUUCUCACCAGAGGACCUGACUGUCAAGCAGGUGGGAAGGAAGCUACAGGUGUGUGGGAAGAUGGAGAAGAAGCAGGACGAUGGAAACGGCUCCUCCUCUUAUAAAAUACAGGAGUUCAGACAGGAGUUUGAUCUGCCUGAAGGUGUGAACCCCAAUGCGGUGACGUGCUCCCUGUCGGACGGGCAGCUCCGGAUACAGGCGCCAACGGAGGCGCUGGCUGAGGGGGCGGAGAGAGUGGUGCCCAUUGACUGCAGCCCCGGUGAGAAGACCCUGCAGUUCCAGAGCUCACAGGCAGAGAGCAGCACAGAAGAGACACAGAAUCACCAGCAGGGAGCAUAAAUGCUUAAAGACUCUUGAAAUGUGCAAUGUUAUUUGCUCUAAAAGUUUUCUGGAGUAAACAAAUAAUUUGAUGUUGAUUCCAACAAUGUCCAUUUUGGUUUUUGUAAUUAAUGCUUGUGUAAUAAUUUUUUAUGUUAAUAAAAUUUGAAAUCCCAACCUGUUUCUUUGUGGUGUUGUGAUUACAUGAUAAUUUUGCAAAGAACAUGAUAUCAAGUUAUCAUUUGAAGUCAC